AUCAUUGAUAGAAUCUAGCAACUUAGAAAUUGAAACCCAUAUAGUACCUCUUAGCAAGCAUGGCAACAAAGAUAUUUGCCCUCCUUGCACUCCUUGCUCUCUCUGUGAGUGCUACCACCGCGGUAAUUAUUCCGCAGUACUCACUAGCCGCCUCCGCUGCCACUAUUCCACAGUACCUCUCACCUAUCGCAGCCGUCGGAUAUGAGCACCCGAUUGUGCAGUCCAACAGGCUUCAGCAUGCACUUGCUGCUAGCAUCCUACAAUCACAGGCCAUUGUCCUACAACAACAGUCUGCCUUACUGCAGCAGCAAUCUUUGGCCCAUCUGACAGUACAGAGCACCAUGGCACAACAACAACAACGCGUUCUUUCACCGUUCAGCCAGCUAGCCCGGCAGAACCCUGCCGCCUACUUGCAGCAACAGAUGUUGCUCCCAUUCAACCAACUAGCCGCCGUGAACUCCGCUGCUUACUCACAGCAGCAACUGCUUCCAUUCAACCAACUAGCUGUUGCGAACUCUGUCGCCUUCUCGCAGCAGCUGUUCAACCCAUUUGCUGUGGCUCAACCCGCCGCCUUCUGGCAGCAACAGCAGCUAGUCAACCAACUGGCUUUGACGAGUUCUGCAGCCUUCUUCCAGCGACCCAUCGUUGGUUCUACCAUCUUCUGAAUUCCAUAUGAGUUGUACUUCUAUAAUAACAUUUUCAUGCCGACUUGUGUAACUCCUCGGAAAUAAAGUAAUAAUUGAGACUCUAAACUCC